AUGGUCGGUUCAUUGGAAGUCCCGGGCGAGGCCUGGGCGGAGCUCGGAGCCGCCGAGUGGCCGGAGCUCCGGAAGGCGAGCUUCGCUACGCGCCUCGGCCCUGAGAGCUGGCGGGUCGGAGGGUUGAGGGGUUGGAGGGGAGAGAGAGAGAGAGCGAGAGAGCCGCCAGCAAGCAAGCAAGACGGGCCGAGGUGUUUCGAGCGGCGCGGCGAGUGUUUCGAGCGGCGCGGCGAGGGCUCGGAGGAGCUGCUUGCAGCUUUGGGCCGCUCCCGGCAGCUGGAGGACGUGGACUUCACUGGCUCUGAAAUCCCCGACGCGGCCUGGGAGCUGCUGGGCGACGGGGCGUGGCCUCGCCUCCGCGUUGCAAAAGGCGUGCCGGAGGAGCACCUGGAGCGCCUGCGCGAAGCUUCUCUGGACCUCGAAGCGGGUGCAGGCGAGGCUGCCUCCAGCACAGGCAGUGACAGCAGCAAAAGCAGUGACAGCAGCAGUGAGGGAGACGAUGCUGGGCUGCAACCCCGACUCCUGCCCGCUGAUCGUGUUGUGUGA